AUGUUCUAUCAUACUCUUGCAUUUCUCCUAGCCUUCGCCUUCAGCAUUGCCUUUUACUUGCGAAUCAAACGGCAUAUUCAGCAUUCCACUAUACCAUCUAUACUCUUCCUCUUAAAGCCCCCUAACGUACCUUUGGGUUUGUUCUUGCACGCUAGCGCCCGCCCCGACCAGCGCCUUGUCGGAGCAUUCUUUCUCACCAACACCUUCGUCAAGGAGGACAAGUUUUCUCAUGCGCAAUUUAGAAACGGGGCUCAGAGUCUUCUCGCCAAGGCCAGCGAUUGGCCCAAGCCAAAGCACGAAGAACAGCUGAAUACAGAACACAGCCGUCUAGCAAAACACACUCAGAAAGGCUCUGGGAAGGAUGGAGGCGAGCCAAUAAACCCUCCCGAAGCCGGUGGAGGAUGCUCUGGAAAGGAGAAGCCCAAGCCCAAGAACGAGGAAGGGCCUGUGACAGAAGACUAG